AUGAUUUCUAGGAAUGGUGGAAUCAAUUUAUUUUUUAAUAAUAGAAAGAGGAAGUAUUAUUAUAAGAAGUACUUAGAGAUAAGUAAAGGUUAUCAAUCGUGUUAGAGGGUAUUUGUUAUGAUAUAAAUUUCAAAAUAGAACAUAUAAGAUGAAGCUUAUUCUUUUAAUCAUGAUUAACUAGAUAAAACUCAUAAAUAAAUAGCAUUUCCAUUUUCAAAAAAUGAUAUCUCAAUUUUUAAGUGGAUAUCAAGACAAGUAUGA